AUGCAACCACAUCAUCCACCGCCACCACAAAUUCCAGGUCGUUUAGUCGACGACAAAGAAAAAUUGAUUCAAUUGAAACGGCAUGUAGCAGGACUAUGUAAUGUCGAUAAUCUUAGGUUUGUUGGAAGUCAGCCAGUGAGCUUCGGCUCGCGAGACCUUAGCCGACUAGAACGGGAAGAUUAUUGGGUAUGCGAAAAGUCGGAUGGAAUUCGAGUGCUUGUUCUCAUCGUCAGCUUUCCGUCCAACGACCAAGAAGUGUACCUGAUUGACAGGAAGAACGAAUAUCGCCAGCAGGACGGUCUAUUCUUUCCGCAUCCUAUGGAUCCUCGACGAGCUUUGGGGAACACGUUGUUGGACGCUGAGCUCGUGACGGAUUAUGAUCCUGAGACGAAGCAGGAGACGCUUAACUUGCUGGCGUUUGACUGUAUUGUUGGAGAUGCACAGAACCUGAUGUCUAAAUCACUAACCUCUCGGUACGGGCGUUUGAAGGAGUGGGUCAUCAAACCAUACCAGAAGAUGUUACAAGAACAUCCUUCGAUGAGAGCUGUCCAACCAUUUGGAAUCCACGAAAAAGAAAUGCAGCGAUCUUAUAGCAUAGAAAUGGUCUUACAGUCAAUUCCGAACCUCAAGCAUGGCAAUGAUGGGCUCAUAUUUACAUGUGCUGAGUCGGGAUAUGUGAUAGGAACGGAUCAUCGCAUCCUGAAGUGGAAGCCACCCUCUGAAAAUUCGAUUGACUUCAAACUUGAACUCCGGUUCCCCCCACUGCCAGGAAGACCCUCAGAACCAGACUUCACAGCCAAACCAGUGUUUCAGCUCUUGGUCUGGACUGGAAAUAACUCGUAUGAACACUUUGACACCAUGCAGGUAGAUGAUGCACAAUGGGAAAGUUGGAAAGCAUCGGGAGAGCAAUACGAUGAUAGAGUCGUUGAAGUCACUUGGGACAAAACUGCGAAAAACUGGGUUUACCAUCGAUUCCGAGACGACAAGGACCACGGAAACCAUCAAUCGGUAGUUGACAAGAUUUUGGAAAGUAUCAGAGAUGGUGUGGAGGCUGAGCAGCUGGUUAGCCACGCAAAUACCAUACGAACCAACUGGAAAGAGCGCGAAAAAUCCGCAGUCUCUGGGGCGCACUAUCCUCCAUCUGGUGGUUAUCCACCUUCAGGUCAAUACGGCGGCCCACCUGCGUUUGUGGCUGGACUUGGAAUACGACGUUGA